AUGGCAAAAUUCAUCCAUCCCCCGUUUCUAGCUGUAUUGGUUAUGCUCGUCUGCCUCUCAAUGCUUCCUCCCGCAUUCGCCGCUGGGCCGGUGCGCAUCGCUCGCACGCUACAGGCUCAAGACGUAUACACUGGACAGCGACAGCUGCGCCGCGACCGUGCGCGAAAACUGACCGACGUCGUCAAUAGCGGCUCUCAGCCUCCCCUGCACAUGUUUGAAACGAAAUCCAUCUUCGACAAGGAGCGACGCGGGGAGUUCUCGGAGGAACAGCGCGAGCAGGUGGGCGGCGCCACGGCGUCGUCCGCCAUUCCCAUUCAAUACCACGGUGGACCCGUGAUGAGCGGCGAGACGCUGAACGUGUACUUAAUCUACUAUGGCUUCUGGCCCGCGGGAAUCGGGCAGGAUGUGAUCGAGAAUUUCAUACAAUCGCUGAGCCUAGGAAGCUCCGAUGAGCAGGGGGGACCCGGGGAUCCGAAACAUCCUUCCCGCCUACCCUCUUCUCCCUGUUCCUCUCUCUUCUUACGGUCUCCUCCUGCCUUCACCAAGCCAGACUGUCCUCCUCUCUUCCCCCUGUCCUCCUCUCUCCCCCCUGUCCUCUUCUCUCCCCCCUGUCCUCCUCCCUUCCCCCUGUCCUCCUCUCUUCCCCCUGUCCUCCUCUCUCCCCCCUGUCCUCUUCUCUCCCCCUUGUCCUCCUCUCUUCCCCCUGUCCUCCUCUCUCCCCCUCCUCUCUUCCCCCUGCCCUCCUCUCUUCCCCCUGUCCUCCUCUCUUCCCCCUGUCCUCCUCUCUCCCCCCUGUCCUCCUCUCUCCCCCCUGUCCCCCUCUCUUCCCCCUGUCCUCCUCUCUCCCCCCUGUCCUCCUCUCUCCCCCCUUUCGCCAACACCCUGUGA